GUGCGAGGGUAUAUUGACAAGUCAAAUUUGGUGAAGCACAUGAAUGAUGUGGAGUGAACGAACAAUUUGGUGGUGUAUUGUUUUUUUAUGCGUGAAACAGGGAGUUUCGCAGAAUGUUUCGAGCUUGAGUAAAGUGAGUGAAAACUGUGAAUCCGGAAAACGACAAGACUGUGCUGAUUGUCGCACAGUGAAAAUUUGUAGCUAUGAUCAAACCGUUUUAACAAGUUACAAAUGUCAAGAUGUGGAGCCUGAUAAGCCUUAUUGUGUUGGAAGUGGUAUAUGUUCUUCAGAAUAUGAUUCAGAAAGCGCCUGUGGUGUGGCAGAUGAUCUGUGUCCUUCAACAAAAGCUGGAUUUUAUCCAGACCCUUCCAACUGUACGCAGUAUAUUUAUUGCGAUGAGAAAAAAAUAGCAACGCCUGUGAGUUGUCUUGCUGCCAAUAAUGCCUAUAACCAUUCGUCUUCAUCGUGUUUCCUUCGAAAAGUGCUAGACGAUUGCUUCCAAGUGAAUUGUGAAUUGCUGCAGAAUCGUAAUAAAUGGUUUAUUUAUAAACCAUUUCCUCAAUUUUACUUCUUUUGCUCAAUGAGUGGCCUGCCUGUGAUGUUUGAAUGUCCUCGCGAGUUCGAGGUGUAUGAUGUGAAACUGCAACGAUGCAAGUUUGAAUGUCGAGAAAGUGGUCGUUUUCCGUAUCCGGGAGAUAACAAAAAAUACUACGAAUGUGUCUACGUCACACCUUUCAAGUUGGAAUUGUUCGAGCAGCGGUGUCCAUUGCAGCUUACAUAUGACGAAGAAAAAGGAUCUGCAAUGUAA